AUCUAAACAGACUUAAAAUAACUACUUAAUUUAAAAGGAAAUGUAACUAUUUCAAUGAAAUUCAAGCUCUACGUGAUCAAUUAUAAGUGUACACACUUCAGAAAUUGGAACAUAGUAUAGAUUAUUCAGAAAUGAAGCUCUUCGUUGCAUUUUUGCUUUUUGUCGCCUCAACUGCGGCGAAAUUUGCAGAAUCCGAGGUAGAUUUGUGGAGCAAAUUCAAGAAUGAUCACAACAGAAUAUACCAAUCCUGGCAAGAAGAAUCGCUAAGAUUCGAUAUUUUCAAAGCUAACGUUCGAAUGAUCAAUGAACACAAUGCGAAAUACGAGAAAGGCGAGUCCACUUACUUCAUGGGAAUUAACAAAUUCACAGAUAAGACUGCCGACGAACUAACGAGGAUUUAUCUGACAAACGUGCAGCCGCCGACUCGAAGAGACGAAGUCGAUUUAUCUCACGUCACCGACGUACCAGACCAGAAAAAUUGGACCUCUCUGGGCGUCGUCACCGUACCCAAAGAUCAGGGAAGUUGCGGUUGUUGCUACGCCUUCGCUUCCGUAGCAGCAAUCGAAAGCGCCAACGCAAUAACCAACUACGUACUAAGGAAUCUAAGCGUCCAGCAAGUUCUCGACUGCUCCUACAAAACGUAUAUAAACGAAGGAUGCUCAGGUGGCAUCAUAGAAGGUUCAAUCCACUACGCCAUGGACCACGGUCUGGUAUCCGAGGAAUCUUAUCCAUACAGAUUCGGCCAGUAUUAUUGUUUGGUCAAAGAAGAUCUGGCCGUGGUGUCAGUGGAAAAUUACAAAAACGUAGCGCCCGAUGAAGAUCAGUUGAAGGCCGCUGUGGGUACAAUCGGUCCUGUUGCAGCUUGCGCAGUAGCCGAUGACAGUUGGUUCCACUACGCUGGCGGGAUAAUCGAUGGGGUAUGCCCGGAUAAUAAAGCAACUAACCACGUAGUCCUAGUGGCCGGAUAUGGUACUGAAAACGGCACAGAUUACUGGUACUUGAAGAACUCGUGGGGAGCCGAUUGGGGUUUGAACGGCUAUUUGAAAGUACGCAGGAACCACAACAAUGCUUACUGUUUAGCAACUUACACAGCUUAUCCUAUUCUGAAAAGUAUUCAUUAAUUAGUCUUAAUUAAGUAAGUACUCAAAUUUUAGGGUUAAGUUAUGAACGUAAUUAAAUAAACUAGUUAUGCACGAGCAAUUUCUUAUUAUUUCA